AUGGCUCGCCGAGCCGAUUGGGAUGUCGACGAUUUCGAAAUGCUUCCCAAUCCAUCGAGAAUAAAUAUACCGCAAACGUUCGAAAUCAUUAGUGACGACGGUUUCGAGAUCGUUACGAAUGAAAACAAGUCAAUAGAUAGGCAUUCUACGACUUCAGCUAUCGAGCAACCAAUCGAAUCCUUCGAUGAGGUUAAACCUCAAACUUCUCCUUAUGUUCGCUACGGUUCUGCAGCGAGUAUUCCUUGUACAAAUAGCUUUGAUUAUAAAUCAAUCCUUACUUCCAAAUCGAUCGUACCGUCAAAUAAUCUAAUGGAUUUCAUCCGUGCUGAUCAAUCAACAAAAUGUUCGUUCAUCAAUAAUGACCUCAAUGACGUUCUCAGCAAUUAUACUCGCGAUCGUGAAAACCUUGUUCGCUUAGCAAAACAACGGCAAGAUGAAUUUAUUAAAGCAAUGCGCCUUGAUUAA